AUGUUAGUAAAUGCUACUGUUCAACAACGUGUUAAGCAUUUUGAUCGUCUACUAUCUCAAGAAUUAUCAUUAAUUAAACGUGAACACGAACAAAAUUUAAUCACACAUAAAAACCUUGUAAAUUUCAUUCGUCGUGAUACCAAUCGAACAUUAAAUUCAAAUCGAAAGAAAAUCUCAUUCAAAUCUGAUGAAUUUUAUUGUGAACAAAAGGAGAAAUCCAAUCAUCAUACAAUAGAAAUAUCUACGAAUGGUAAAUCUCAUUUAUCAAUAUCCAGUGUUAAUAAUAGUCCAAAUUCAAGUGAUGAAAAGUUCGUUGAAAUGAAUUCAAAGUUUCGACGUCAAUGUACAAAAACUCAACGUUUACCUCCAAUAAUAAGAUCAAAUAUAUCAAAUCGACAAAAACAAACAAUGAAUGAUUUACAUUGGAUGAGUCAUUUACAAAAAUCCAAGAAACAUAGAGACAGUAGCGGUGAAAUAUUUUCACAACUUGAUGAAGAAUCCUUUGAAGAAACUCUACCAGCGUUAACACCCAUAGAAAAACAAAUACAAUCGUUCAUGACAAGUUUACCAAUGUAUACAGGCAUUCAAAAAGGUUUUGAUAAUUUUGCGCCAUCAUCUCUGUAUUCAAGUCGAACACCGGUUAUUAUGAAAUAA